GGCUUCAUUCAUCUCUUCACAAUGCAUAACGCGAGUAUGAGUGAAUGUUAAGGGUUAAUCGCUUUUCCCCGCCGUGCAGCAAUACACAGUGACAGCCGUCAUGUCAGCUGACGUCAUUAGUUUGUUAUGAAAUUGUCAGCUGCUUCAGUUGUUAUUCGGUGCAGCGAAAUUUCUUCCACCGCAGAUCCGAAAACUACCUUAACUUAACAUAGCUUACAAACCAAACAUUUUGGCCGUAUCCAUUUGCACGUCAUAUGUUUUCCAACUGACCUUCAACUUUGGACCGAUCUGAGAUCAUCAUUCUGAAACGAAUAUCGUGAAUAUUAUGGCUACGGAACAAAAAUUCGAUACCGGGACAAGUUUGUGGGAGCAGUUUUCUAACUUUAUGCGUAAAGAUACAAAAGGAGUAGAGCUCGUAAGCUAUUCAGUAUCCGGAGUUUUGCUUAUCAUGGCCUACCGGAAAAUACGACCCUUCACUAUUUUCGGAAAAUCAUCCGAUAUACCACACCACUUCAUCCGCGAACAAAUAAAACAGUUCGGACGGGUGACCAAAAUUGAACCAUCACAAAUGUAUGGACCACUGCUUGUUGUGCAACACCAUCCACCAGUGAAGGUAUUUUUCUGGUCAAGCAAAACUAUCCCGAUCAAGAUAGAUGGUAUCGAUAUCAACGCGAAUGGAUAUUCCUGGCUACAGUCAGUUGUAGAUGGCAAGGAAGUCAGUUUCAUCCCAAUGAAGCAAUCUUCCAGCCAAGUACACGCCGAAUGCCGUGUCUACCUCAAAGAAUCAACUAAACACAUCGACAUUGGAGAAGCACUGCUAAGUUUGGGAUUUGCCAAACUAUCUGUUACUGUGCCAAAACCCACACGAAAUCGAAAAGAUGUGCAUGCGGUUGCCCUGUACCAGUACUAUCGCACACUGGACAAGGCAGAACGCUAUGCUAAGGACCGUCGUAAUGGACUGUGGCAACAUUCUCUGCCACCUCGCUUGUGGCCCUUAUCGUUAUGGACUGUGUUGUGGGAUCGUGCCGCUAAUGCCAAUCGGUUACCGGCGCUGGUUCGAUAGUAGACUACUGCUCAUUACUAGCGUAUCAGUAACUGAAAGUUACAAUGCUAACAUGAAACCAUAGCGUUAAAGAAGUGCUGCUUAUUAAACACCUUCUGUGCGUGCCUUCAAAAACAAAAUACAAUAAAUAAAAAAUUACGACCUGUUUGAA